AUGAAUAUUUUCAAGAAACCACUAAUACAUACGAAUGGUUCAUCGUCAAGUCAGGGUGUCUCAGGUUCCAAGUCACCAACUUCACAAUCAUUGCCACUAUUAUUAACUAUCUCGCCCCAAGAGAUACGAAAUAAAUUUGAUGAAUUGAAUGAGGUAGAAUCAAAUAGAAUAAUUGAAGGUUUAAAUAAUCCUACUACAUCUCAUUGGGCAUUGACUGCUGCCAUAUCAAAACAAAAUAAAAGCAGGAACAGAUAUACAAACGUCACACCUUGGAAUGAAAGUAGAGUAAAACUACCGGUGAAGCAAGAUUCUUAUUCAAAUUAUAUUAAUGCUUCAUAUGUAAAUUUAUCAACAAAUGACUUAAAGAAUUCAUAUAUUGCUUGUCAGGGACCAUUAGAUACAACGACAAAUCACUUUUGGUCAAUGAGUUUUGAAGAACUGGAGAAGCAAGGAAAUGAUAUCAUAAUAAUUGUAAUGGUUACUCCAUUGAUUGAACAAGGGAUGGUGAAAUGCGAUAAAUAUUGGCCAGAUCUAGGUGAAAAAUGGGAUUUUGGGCGUAAGAAUUUAGAGGAUGGAAUAGUAUAUGAUGAUUUAACAAUCGAAAAUAUUAAUGAAACAUAUGAUCAAAAUGAAGAUUAUUUAGUCACUGAAUUUUUACUCAAAUCUGGUUCGAAAGAGAAGAAAGUAUAUCACUUUUAUUAUUACAAGUGGGCUGAUGCAAAAGUUCCACCAUCUUCAAUUCCGCUACAAAAUUUAUCCAAUCAUAUAAAGGAAACGAAACAACUUUCACAAAACGCACCGGUUCCAAUCGUUCAUUGUUCAGCAGGUGUAGGCAGAUCUGGUACAUUCAUGGUAUACGAUCAUUUGUUUCAAGAUAAAAAUAAGUUCAAAGAAAUUUUGAAUGACCACAAGACUAAAGACUUUAUAUACAAAACGGUUUAUCAGUUACGAACUCAACGUAUGAUGAUGGUUCAAACCGUCCAUCAAUUUCAAUUCUUAUACGGACUAGGUAAAGAUAUUUAUAACGAGGAUGAUUAA